ACUUGCUACACUUCCACAGAACUGCCGUCAAAGUGAACCAGCACAGGACUCUCAGAUGACCUGCUACACAGCUUUGUUUUUAAAUUUACAAAGCAAAAGAACAUGGAGAACAAAGACAGCAGGAUGACAACAGAAUGGAACUCAACAAUGGAAAACAGAAAGCAAUCAGAUAGCAAACAAACAAGAACUGACAUGAAAACCCAAAAAGAAACUAUAAAAAGACAAAGGCAACUGAUAUGUCAAGCAAUGGAGGAGAUCGAACAACUCUGGAGACAGACAGAAAGACAGACAAAUGAAAUUGACUUCUUAAAGACAAAGACAGAGGGGCAACAGGAAGACAUUGAGAGACUGACAUCUGAAAGAAACAAACAGCACCGACUAUUAAAGCAAUUUAACUUCCAAAUAAAAAAUAUAACUGAGAAACUCAAACAAAGCAAAAAUUCAGUUGCUAAGGAAAAAACAAACCUUCUGAAAAUGUGGACUAAAAUAUACCAAGAGAAGGAUACUCUGGACAGAAGACGUCAAUACUUCAUCAAUGAGCGACACAAGCUAGACACUAUAAAAGCUAGUAAGACAGAAUCACCAAUAAGGGAGGAACCCAACGAGCCCCUUAAUAAGCAGGUAAAGAGGGAACUGGAUAUACUGGAGAAUGCAACUGAGAAAAACAGGGAAAUAAUGGUUGAAGUAAAGAAAGUUAAAGAAAAAAUGGAGAAAACUAAAGCAAACAUACAGCAAGCAUUAAAAAGAAAUAAAGAGGACAUUUCAAAAAACAGUGAACAAAUUAACCACAUUAAACAUAUUAUGUAUGUAAAGAUCAACAUGGUCAAGCACAGAUGGGCAAGCAUUAUAAAACAGGCUGAAAUGAAGAAAAUUCACAUGUAUAAAGAAGGACAGAGCGAAAGAAACGAUGGAAAAGCCACAUUUGACACAGUGAAGAGAAAACUGUGUAGAAUCCAGGAAGAGAUGGAGAAACUUUGGGAUGUGCUGGAAGACAGUGAACAACAACUGGAAGUGACUCAAAGUGCAAAGCAGCAGCUAAUGGCAGAGAGCAAUCACGUGAACAUCAAGAUGAAUAUUGAUUAUCAAAAGCAACAAGAUUCAGAUCUAAGCUUUAAAGUGACACACACCCAGCCUGAAAGAGAUGACUUAAAGAGAGUUGAAAUGAAACUAAAGACAGGAAGGGAAAAUGUAGAAAAAGACAAACCAAAUACUUACAUGCAGAAUUUGAUCUCUGAGGAAGAAGAAAACAAUGAAGUGCUUUGUAACAAGGGUGAAGAAACAAAGCAGAGCAUGAGGGACUUAACAGAAGUAAAGGCUCAAACCAAAUGGACAAAUUUUCGAGAAAAGCAAAAAAGAAGGGAGCUUGAGCGUUUGCUGGAGAAGAUAAUGAAAGAGAGGGAUGAGUUAGAAAUCAUGAAGACAAAAAUACAGCGACAAAGGGAAAGGGUUGAACAAAAGCUGGAAAAUACUGUCACUGAGAUAAAAGGUAAAAUAGAAAAAACUGGUGCAGAAAUUAACAACACUUGGGAGAAAAUGCAGAGAACCCAAAGGGAGAUUAGUAAGAACCAGGAAGAAGCCAAGAACUAUAUGGAAAAACUGACAUCCAUGAAAACUUGGGUCAACAAAUGGAUAUCGACACAAUCUACAAUCAAACAUACUUUUUCAGUGAACGCAUCCAAACUUCAAGAAUCACAGAAAGAAAUAGACACAGACUCCCUCGAGGAUCAAACAUCAGCAAUUCCAAAGGACAAAAGGGGGACAGAAAGUAUAACAGAUACAACAUCAUUACAAAAUUCUGUAACAUUAGAUGAUCAGCAUCAAAAUAAAAAAAUAAAAGAACAACAGAAGGAGCAUUUUGAAUCCAAAUAUUGUUUUGCAGAAGGCAAAAAUGGGGAGCAGGACUUUUGCUUACAGAUGCGAACUGAAAUUCAUGAAGAAGCAGUGCAUGAUAAAACUGAAUUACUGAUAAUUGUAAGAGAAAGGGAAGAAGUGGAAAAACUGAUACGUAACCUAAAGCAGCAAGAGGGGGAAAUAAAGGAGCAAAUAAAGUACACUGUUGAUAACAUGAAAGAAAAAACUCAAGACAUUAAAAGGCUCAUUUUGGAAAUAAAUGACCUGCAGAGGGCAGACACUGUAAUUACAGUCGGGGAAACUGAAAAUGCCCAGGAAGUAUUAACUAAGCUGUUGGAAGAAACUGAACAGAGAAAGAUUUUGAUGGUGAGCACCAAAGUUUUCAAAAAUGAAAUAAUGAAAUAUGAAGUACAAGAGGGGGACGAUGCCAAAAAAAUAAAACAAGAGUCUAGCUUGAUAAGACUUAAUGUUAACAAGCAAAAACUAAUUCAGAAAUCAGGAGAAGAGAUGAAAAAACAUGUUGAACACACCGAUGAAGAUAAAAAGGACAGAGGAGCUGAUAUACAAAGACUCAGGGCAGAGAUUUACAAAACACAAGAGAUUAUAAGAACGCUAAGAGGAGGACUUGAGAACCUAGCGGAAAAAAAUAACAUGGACAAAUAUCAACAGAAUGAAGGCAGUGAAAUUGAAGGAUUGCUAAAAGAUAUCAAACAGUUUCAAGAGUUUUUGGAAAGUGUAAAAACCAAAAUAAAGCAAAGUGAAGUACAUAUGACAGAAGAAAUGAGCAAUAUGAAAUCAAUGAAAACUGCAGUGAAAAAGAAGAGAAGAGAAUUAGAUCAAAGGUUAGAAAAUACUUUGAAAGAGAGAGACGGAUUAGACAUCUUUAAAAUAAAAAUGCAGAGGCAAACUGAACUGAUUCGGCAGAAUUUAGAAAAAAUGACAAAAGUUAAGAACACAGUUGAGAAAAUAGCCGCUAAGACCAGAAGGAAAAUUGAAGAGAUAGAAAUUAGUAUGAAGGAGACUGAAAUAAAACUAAGACAGUUUAAAGACCUUGACUGCAUUAACCUUAACUUGACAAAAGGCACAAAACCAGACAUGGAACACGGUAUUACACCAAAGCAAAUAACUGCUCUUGAAAUUUUCAAGACUGAAAUUAAGAAGACAAUGGACAAUGAAAGAGAUAAACUGACAAAAAACAAAAUUGACAAAGAAACUAAGGGAACAGAAAGCCUCAAACAAGUUAAUGAGAAACUGGAGGAGGUAAAACUUUUAUUAGACAGUCUGGGUCAAAAAAAUAAAAAAUCAGUUAGUGAGAAUGUAAAACAAAUAAUCAAGAGAGAAGAGACUGAGAUGACAGAACAGAUCCAAACAGCGAUAAAGAAUGAGAAAAUGGUUAAACAGCUAACUGAAAUACAGGAUGAACAGGUGAACCAUUUGAGUGAGAAAACUGAAAGACACAAACAGGAGCUUGAUGACAGAGUACACAUGACCAAAAGGCAAAUAAGAGAAAUGGAGCUGCUGCAAUCGGAAUUGAAAAUAAAGGCAAAAGAAUUCGAGCGUUUUUUUAGAAAAAGCAUGAGAAAAAAAAAGGAAAUUGAAAUAAUGUGGUAUGAAAUACAACAAGAAAAGGAAGCAUUGAGGACCGAGAUCAAAAAGAAAAGAAGAGAAUUAGACCAAAGACUGGAGAUGACUAUGAGAAAAAGGGAUGAACUAGAAGUGUUAAGGGUAAAAUUGAAACGACAGAUGGAAGAGCUGGCUGAGGAGAAGCAGAGAGACCAUAAUCUGUUCAUCCAUCUACCCAAUGAACAUGAAAAACAUUUUGGAAGGAAAGAUGUGAACAUGUUAAUGGAGAAAAUUAAAAACUACAGCUCAAAAGUUUCUCAGUAUACUAUUUACAUCCAAGACAUAAGAGACAAGUUUAAUUUACACAUGGGAACAAUUAGGACAGAGAUGAAAAUUCUAGAAAAUGUGAAUGCUCAUUUAGAAAAGGACAGAAAAGGAUUCAGAGAAGUUGAGGCUGAAAAUAAGAAUAUAACAAACAAAAUGAAGAGGUUAAAAUAUCAGCUUAAUAUAAUCUUUGGAAGAGUUACCAUACAAGACACUGCAGAGAUGGAUGAGACAAUGAACAUCUGGGAAAAAAUCCAAAGAGAAAAACAGAAGCUUGAUAUGAGACUAGAAAAUAUUAAAAGGGAAAGACAAGAGAUAGAAGCUCUGGUGGUUGAGCUGGAGAUGAAGAAAAGAGAAAACCAACGUAUAAUCAAAAGAAGCAUUCAAAAAGAACAGAAGAUAAAAAGAAUAUGGGCUACUUUCAAAGAAGAAAGAACUGCCCUCGUGAGAGAAACAAAGCAGAAAAAGGAGGUUGAACAACGACGAGAGGAGAUCAUCAAACAUCAAGGUGAACAAGAAAUAAAGCAGAAGUUGCAAAAAGAAAAGAAAGGGAUGGAAAGUGAAAUUGAAGACAUGAGGAUGAAAGAAAAAAGGAAGCAAAUUCAAAAACAAUGGGAACUACUCAAGAAAUACUUAGGGGAAUAUAAAAAGGUAAUUAAAAACACUAAAUUCAUCAUUGGAAUAAUUCAGAAUGAAAAUAAACACAUGCAAGACCAAAAAAAUUUCUACAUGACCACAAGGAAAGAAACACUGAAUAUUAAAAGGGAAUUAAAUAGGCAAAAGGAAAUUAUACGGUGCGCAUUAAAAAACAUACAACAAGAGCCAAAACAUGGGGAACAAGUGGAGACAAAAAUCAAGACGGAGCAAGAAAAACAUGAAAAUGGAAGGAAAACAAUAUAUGAGAUAGAAAAAAAAGAUGCCUUGGAUGAAAGGGAAAAGAUUAAGGAUGGUAUAAAAAGGGUUAUCUUACAAGACACAAAACAAGACCUGAUAAAAAAAGAGAUCAAAAAAUGUAACCAGGAAAAAGAAAAAGUCAACCAGAUGAAAACUAGACGUGAGAAUAGAAAAGAACUGUUGUUGAAGGAAAGGAGAAACAUCAAAGAUGAACAGAAAGAGAUGGAAAUGAGAGGAGACCAAGUCAUGGUCACCAAGAGAGAAUGCACAGAAAAUGAAUGGAAGCAGCAGUUUGAACUGGACAAACGAGAUCUUGAUAAACUGAAAGAAGAUCUGAGACACGACAGAGAAGAUCUGGAGAGAGAAAGUGAGGUGCUGAAUAAAGAGAAAAUGGAUUUGACGGUGUUGAUGUCUGGCAUAAAGAAACAAUCUGAAAUAUUGGAAGAAAAGAAACAAAAUAUAAAAGAAGAAAGAGACUCAAUGGAAAUCAUAAAGCUUGAACUGCUCAAUAAGAUGGAACAUGUAAACAGGCUGUUACAUGAGACAAAAGAAGAAAAAGCCAAGAUUAAAAUUUGUAUCCUUCAGGUUCAAACGGAAAAAGAAAGACUUGAAGACAUUUUAAGCAAGAUAUUGUUAACACAUAAUGAACAAAAAGUCAAGGAAGAUGACCUCAGAAGACAAACAAAAGAAGUGGAAAUCAUGAAAAAGGAAUUGCAGAGUGAAAGAGCAAAACUGGAGAGUCUGAUGAGGAAUCUGAAGAAGAAGCAAGAAGAGCUUGAACGUGCAAAGGAAAUCAUGAGUGAAGAAAAAGAAGAGGUGAAAGAGAUGAAGACUGACAUUGCCAAAGAACGAGAACUGUUGUUGAAGGAAAGGAGAAAUAUGGAAGAAGAGCGGUCUGAGAUGGAAAUGAGAGGAGACCAAGUCAUGGAUGAAAUGAAAUCACUAGAGAUUCUGAAAGUGAAACUUCAACAACUGAAGGAGGAUAUAAAAGCCAAAAUGGAGAAAUUACUACAAAAUGUU